AGACAGUGACGUUUGCUUUGCUUCUCUCACACUCCCUCCCACCUAGUCCCAACAAAGACCCUGCCCUGCCUUGCCUGGAUCCCUAAACAAAUCUGCCGAAACCCUCUCUCUAGCCAGCCACGCCAGAGCAAAAUGGGCAUGAAUUCUUACAUUUUCCUUUUGAUUCUUACAUUUUUACUAAAACCCGGCAAUGCCUCUAUUCAUGUCUACAACCAAGAAUCCUUCAAUGAAGUAGGGAAUUCUUAUCUUCUUUCUGGUGGCAGCGAGGGCAUUUCCUCCUCCUCCCAUUCCCGCUCUUUCGUCCGGUUUGAUAAUAUCACUUUCCGGAGGCCGAAAUCGGCAGCAAAAAGCAGAGGAUUGAUACAAGUUGUGCUUUUUGAGGCAGCUGAUCGGAAUAACAUUGGCGGGUCUGCUUAUGGUGGACAAAGAUCGAUAUGUUGCACCUCUGAUCUUUCUAAGCUUCAAGGCUGUAAGCAAGGUGAGGUUAUUAGGAUACCUUCUGCCAAUGAUUUAAACUGGCCCAUCAUUCUAAAGCUACAUUUCAGUCGCAAUUCUUUGUUGACAAGCAUGAAAAAUCAUGAGGAGAUUAGCAUAUCAAAGACUGGAAUGUAUAACUUGUUCUUUAUUGCUUGUGAUCCAAAACUUAAAGGAGUGGUGAUGAGUGGAAAGACUGUUUGGAAGAAUUCUGAUGGUUAUUUGCCUGGUAGGAUGGCACCUUUGAUGAGGUUUUACGUGUUUAUGUCGGUUGUGUAUUUCUUGCUUGCUGCUAUUUGGUUCACCCAGUACAUUAGGUUUCGGAAAGAUAUACUGCAACUUCAACAUUGUAUCUCGGCGUUUGUUGGUUUAGGAUUUUUUCAGAUGAUUCUUUGGUAUUUUGAGUAUGCUAAUUUUAACAGCACUGGAAUGAGGCCAGUUGUGCUUACUACUUGGGUUGUCACUGUUGGAGCUGUAAGAAAAACUAUUGCCCGCCUUCUUGUACUCUGUGUUUCUAUGGGGUAUGGUGUUGUGAGGCCUACUCUUGGUGGUCUUACCUCCAAGGUGCUUCUUCUUGGAAUUACUUAUUUUUUGGCAUCCGAGUUGCUUGAUAUUACCGAGUAUGUGGGGACUAUUAAUGACCUAUCAGGAAGAGCAAGACUGUUUUUAGUUCUUCCUGAUGCCUUGCUCGAUGCAUUUUUAAUAUUGUGGAUUUUUACAGCUCUUUCAAAAACAUUAGAACAGUUACAGGUGAAAAGGAGUGCUGUUAAGUUGGAUAUCUAUAGGAAGUUCUCAAAUGCAUUGGCUGCUGUUGUGUUUGCUUCUGUUGCUUGGAUAGCAUAUGAGCUUUACUUCAAAGCAACAGACCCAUUCAGUGAGCGGUGGCAGAGUGCUUGGAUCAUCACUGCUUUCUGGGACAUUCUUGCAUUUGCAUUGCUAUGCGUUAUCUGCUAUCUCUGGGCUCCUUCUCAAAGCUCCCAAAGGUAUGCCUACUCUGAAGAAUUAGGAGAAGAAUUUGACGAGGAAGAAGCUCAAUCUCUUACCCGGGAAAAGCCAGAUGGCGACAUCAGUUUAGUUGAAAAGAAAGAAAAGAGUGUUGGAGGCACUCGUGUUUUUGAUGAAGAUGAUGGCGAGGUUGAAGAGGACAAGAGAGAGUGAUCAGCUGAAAGAUUCCUUUUUAGCAACCUUAUUGAGCAGAGCAAAAUCAUUCUAUCGAUUAGAGCUCAGAGGUGAUUAUCUAUCUGUUUUCUGUGCGCUCUGUGAGUGACAUCCCUUUCACUUGGUCUCCAGAUAUCGAAAUGUCGCCAGGGUUCUUGUUCCUCUUCACAAGAUUAGCAUUCUUUUUUCCGCACUGCUGAUGCAUGGCUAGGGCUGGGUUGCAAACGGCUGUCAGAGAUACUGUAAAUGCUGGUUUAAAACUACACAUAUUGGAUCUCCAUGCGUAGCUGAAGCAUGUAUCAUAGUGAUUUACUGACUUGUGAUGCUCUAGAAAUCUUAGGCAUGUAACGUAUUUUCCAUGUGGUUACGAGAAAAACAAGCAGUUUUUUUUUUUAUUUGAAAAUAUAUUAAAAUAAUAUUGUUUUAAGAA